CGUUCCCUUUGGCCCGAGUCCUCUGCAUCCAUGGCGCUGCCGGCCAGGCUGGUGCCCCUGUGCUGCUUGGCACUUUUGGCGCUGCCCGCUCAGAGCUGCGGGCCCGGCCGGGGGCCGGUUGGCCGGCGCCGCUACGUGCGCAAGCAGCUCGUGCCGUUGCUCUACAAGCAAUUUGUGCCCAGCGUGCCCGAGCGGACCCUGGGCGCCAGUGGGCCUGCCGAGGGGAGAGUGGCAAGGGGCUCUGAGCGCUUCCGGGAUCUGGUGCCCAACUACAACCCCGACAUCAUCUUCAAGGAUGAGGAGAAUAGUGGUGCAGACCGCCUGAUGACCGAGCGCUGUAAGGAGCGGGUGAACGCGCUGGCCAUUGCCGUGAUGAAUAUGUGGCCCGGAGUGCGCCUGCGGGUGACCGAGGGCUGGGACGAGGACGGCCACCAUGCUCAGGACUCUCUCCACUACGAAGGUCGUGCCUUGGACAUCACCACGUCUGACCGCGACCGCAAUAAGUAUGGGUUGCUGGCGCGCCUGGCAGUGGAAGCCGGCUUCGACUGGGUCUACUACGAGUCCCGCAACCACGUCCACGUGUCGGUCAAAGCCGAUAACUCCCUGGCCGUCAGGGCAGGCGGCUGCUUUCCGGGAAAUGCCACCGUGCGCCUGCGGAGCGGCGAGCGGAAGGGGCUUCGAGAACUGCACCGCGGUGACUGGGUGUUGGCGGCAGACGCGGCAGGCCGGGUGGUGCCCACGCCCGUUCUGCUCUUCCUGGACCGGGACUUGCAGCGCCGGGCCUCCUUCGUGGCUGUGGAGACCGAGCGGCCCCCGCGCAAGCUGUUGCUCACGCCUUGGCACCUGGUGUUCGCUGCUCGAGGGCCCGCUCCCGCGCCGGGCGACUUUGCGCCGGUGUUCGCGCGCCGGCUGCGCGCGGGGGACUCGGUGCUGGCGCCCGGCGGGGACGCGCUCCGGCCGGCGCGCGUGGCCCGCGUGGCGCGCGAGGAGGCCGUGGGCGUGUUCGCGCCACUCACAGCACACGGGACGCUGCUGGUCAACGACGUCCUGGCCUCGUGCUAUGCGGUUCUGGAGAGUCACCAGUGGGCACACCGCGCCUUCGCUCCUUUGCGCCUGCUGCAUGCGCUGGGGGCGCUGCUUCCGGGCGGGGCAGUCCAGCCCACCGGCAUGCACUGGUACUCUCGGUUCCUCUAUCGCUUGGCGGAGGAGCUACUGGGCUGAAUGCGUCCGGCGUAGAAACCUCGAGGCGCCUGCGGAAACCGGCCGUGUGGCCUGAGAUCUGGGGGUGUGGGCAACAGAGGAUGGUGACUCGGGAAGGCAGGGAGGAGGGGAUAGGGAGAAAAAUGGACGCGAGACCGGACUGCUUGGUUUAGGGGCAACCUCCACCGGAGCGGAGAGGAGAUCCCUGGCCCUAGGUAGUUGGGGUCGAUGGUGGAUACUCCUUGAAGAGGACUAUUUCACCUCUUUUUCCCGAGUGCCUCAGCCCCAACCAAUUAUUUUAUUUUAUUUUCUAUUUAUAAAUUGUAAUAUAAUGA